AUGCAGAUCAAGUCCCCCCCUGUCAGAAGCCCUGUCCUGCUUCCUUCGCCUCGAUCGCGCACUUCGGCUCGGCUUGUCUGCUCGCGUCCCUCAGCGGAGAAGAAGCGGUGUAGCUCGGUGUCCGUGGGAAUCGUCUCUGUGCAUAUUCAGUUCAUGCGGGCUCCGUUGCCUCUCCCCUUGCGCUGCUGCUGCCGUCGUCUUCAGCCAGAGCAGGUUUCAGAAGCGGCAAAGGCGUCGCAUCGGGGCUGGCUCGGGUGCCCGGCCAGAGCGCUCUGUCAGGUGCGUGUGCGUGUGUGUGGACGAGGCUAUAUGGCGCUCCCGUGGCUCUACUGGCAAAAGUUUAGCUCCCCGCCUCGAGCUGCCGUGUGCGAGCCCGAUGUGAAAAGAGCAGUGACGGCGCUGUCCAUGGUGCUGAGCGGAAGUGACAUAGCACGGCGAGGGGCAUUCAAAUGUGCAGAGAGAGCUGAAGGGGGGCAUGCAAGACAGAGGUGGUCAAAGUACUGGUUUUAG